GUGAUGGUCAACCAGAAAUUCGGCUUAAUAUGGCUGAUUUUCUUGAUUGUGCCAUUGGACAUCUGGAAAGCUGGACAGCUUGUUCACGCUAGAAGGUAAACCAGCAAAAAAGUUUUCUCUUUUAAUUUUCGAAACAUUAACUUUGAUCUGAAAAUUUAUACUUAAGGAAAAAUGUCAAACGAACGUUUUUAUACAAAGUUAAAGACAACUUUUACCUUUUGAACUAUAGACCUGCCAUGUUCCAAAUUCUUGUACGAAUGAGGCAAAAAAAAUAUUGUAUGUACGAAGAGCUGAAUGCAGUUAAUGUGAUUGAAACGGAAUUUUGCGAUUUAAGACGGAAUUUUGUUUAGGUUUUUAAAAAAAUUGGGCUGAGUAAAAUUAAAGUGAAAGUUUCAUUUUUAAUUAAUGUGAAAAAAUAUUGUGGUUGAGCGCCGUUAUAGCUUAAGUAUUUCUGAAAAAGCACUCUUAAAACUUGCUAUACUUAAUAAGGAUAGAUAUUUUGCGGUUACGAAGAAGCGUUUUACUUAAACUGAAUUAUUUGAGAUAGUGACGUGGCGAGAACGGCCGGUUUCACUAUAAUAAAUUACAAGUAUAGGAAAAAAUUACAAUUCAGAUUCUAAGUAUUUUCAAAUGAGUGUCAAGUUAAGAUCUGUUAAGUUACUUAUAGUUCUUCUGACAUUUUUGAAAUCAUUUUUGAAAAAAUUUUCGUCUUCAAUGGACCUUUAACCUUAUAACUAAAAUUUUGAUCUAGACAAAAAUUUCAUCACAGCUUGAAAGAGCAUCACAAAAUUAGUAAUAUUCCAAAGUUUCGUUACGAAAUGUUGUAAAAUGCGGAUAAUAUAGCCCUGCGAACUUUGCAAUUUUCAGUCAUUUUAGAUUACAAACGGGAAAUUGAUACCCAAAUCGGGUGUUUGGAUAUCAAUUUCCCGUUUGUAAUCUAAAAUGACUGAAAAUUGCAAACUUCGCAAGGCUAUAUUAUCCGCAUUUUACAACAUUUCACAACGAAACUUCAGAAUAUUACUAAUUUUGUGAUGCUCUUUCAAGCUGCGAUGAAAUUUUUGUCUAGACUUGUCUAGAUCAAAAUUUUAGUUAUAAGGUUAAAGGUCCAUUGGAUUGGGGUUCUCAACCUUCGGGAUUGGGGUCUACACUCUACCCUUUAAGCUCUCCGUUCAUAUCGAGAUUCGGAUUCGAAUCACACGCGCUAUCCGAUGGGAUCGGAUUACGGAUUGGCGCUGUGCCUUUAAGCUAUUCCGCCUGAGCGGAAUUUCAGUUGACACUCUACCCGUUGACUUUGAGCUAUCUGCUAACCGGGAUUUAGAUUCUACAGUUUGUCCUAUCGGGGUAACCGAGUCUACUGUCUAUCCUUUGAACUAUGCAACCUGAAUCCCAAAAGUGUGAACUCGUGAGGAUAUCAAUUUCUCUCACAAUUGUUUCGUCAAAGAAUCUGACAGAUUUAAUCGAGUUAUUUAUUUCUUCUAAAGGUUCCAAAUUCCUGACGACAAUAUUGAUCAUCUCGCAGAAAGAACAAGACGGAAAAUCACACAGAAGCGAUCAUGUAAGUUUCACAAGUUGUAGCUUUGACAAAACUGUAUUAGCCUUUUCUUCAUCUUCUCUUCACUAGAGCAAAAGCUAAAGACUUUUGGUGCUGAACGAACCUACCGUAGUUAUUCCCCUCAACAGGGCCGUAUGCAGGAUUUUUUCCACCAGAGGGCAGUAUUACAUAUAUGCUGGAAUAAGUACCCAAAUGAGUUAGAUGUAUGUUUAUGCCUGUCCCAUACAGAAUCAUGUAUUCUGAUUCACAAGAUAUUAUAAACGGCAUUUGGCUUAAUAAUUUGUAAUAAUAUUAUAAAAUUAGUAAGUUCAAUUUUCUCUGGGGGCAGUUGCCCCUCCCCACCCCCCGCAUACGAUCCCGCUCCUCAGGAUUUUCUCUUAUUUUAAACGGGAUUAACUGUGUUUGAAAUACUGUGAUAUUUUUUUAGCCUUGGGACACUUCAGAUAAGGGUGUUAACAAUUUGCACGAUUGAAUAAUUAGGCGUAGAAGUUUGAAUCCUUCUAUUCUUGGGCACUUUGUCAUCGAUAAAAAAACCAACACUCGGUUGGCACAAACGUUGUGAUGGUCAGAAUCUUGGGUUAGGCUCAAAAUCCCCCUGUAGCCCUUAAUUAAAUAGUUUACAGGCGUUAGGGGGGAAGGCGCCGUUUCCUGUGUAUACUUCCCAAGAAGGUUGCCAUGGAUUUUGAAUUAGAGCAUUGUCAAUGUAGACGAUCAUGUUUACGUAUAUCCACAAUUUCGCAUUAACUUUAAUUUAAAAUCAUCCAUGAUUGAUAAAAUUAGAUAUAUCAAUUAUUCUCGCCAGGGCAUACUGACAACAGGGAGGGAGUGCUGGUCAGUAUGUAGUCAUGGUUAAAGCGACAAUUUCACAAUCAUCUUGCUAUCUUGUUUUGUCUUUCCAAAUCUAAAAAAAAAUUAAUUGGAUAAGGAAAUUGGUACACCCCCCCCCCCCUUGCAUCCCCUGUUUCGAGGUUAGGAUGGUUUGCGCAACUCUCCCCACCCACCCCACCCCUACGCCCAACCGAGUAAAGGAGCUUCGGAGGCGCAGUUGUCCCAGCAAGUUCCUUUCACCCCUGAGAUUCUGGGUUCAAUUCUCGCUACAUUUCGUUCAUAAAUUUCCAUUCUAGCAUGUGCUACAACUGGAUUCAGGGGAUUCUGUCGCGCAUCUCUGGAAGAUAAACUUGUAAACAGCGAUGGACUGUGUGCAGAAUUCCUACAAGACCUACUAAGUGAUUGCGUAGCGAAUAACACAGUUUCAGAUGAGCUACAAGCUAGCCAAAUACAAAGCUCCAUCAGAGAAAAAUGCGAGGAUGUCUGUGGGGAAGGUAUGUUGUGUAGUUAUAUUUGGUCAGCUAUUGAGUUGAUAUGACGAUUUUACAGUUGGCUGUUAGCCAAUCAGAAAUCAAGAAUCCUUUUAAAUAAAUAUUUGUGUUAGAUUGUAUUGUAUUGUAUUGUAUUGUAUUGUAUUGUAUUGUAUUGUAUUGUUUUUGUAUUGUUUUUGUAUUGUUUUUGUAUUGUUUUUGUAUUGUUUUUGUAUUGUUUUUGUAUUGUUUUUGUAUUGUUUUUGUAUUGUUUUUGUAUUGUUUUUGUAUUGUUUUUGUAUUGUUUUUGCAUUGCAUUGCAUUGCAUACAUGUCAUUUUGUGCAAAUUUAUUAGAUGGCGAAGUUAUAUAAAUAAAUAAAUAACUUCUACUUACUUCUACUGUUACGAGAAAGAUUUAAGGCCCAUUUACACGGGCGAUUUUUGCUGCGAUUUUAGUUGCGAUUUUCUCCUUUGGAGGAUGUGAAGGAGUAGAUUACUUAAUGAUGUUCUUAUGAAAUUUCAUAACCUGGAACAUUUAUAACUCAUCCACUCCUUCACAUCCUCCAAAAGGAGAAAAUCGCACCUGAAAUCGCAGCAAAAAUAGUCCGUGUAAACAGGCCUUUAGAACGACCUUGUCUUUGGAGCUUAGUCUACACAUGGAUAAUAAAAUAAAUGGAUAGGAAACUAGCUGACGUGACCUAAUGUUGUCAAUGGGCUGAUGGCGUGGUUGGAUGUUGAAACCUAGUUGCAAACCAAAUUCUCAAAAACGGCACGCUUAGCAAUAAUACAGCUAAACAUUUUAGUCAAAGAGCAAAUAAAUAUAACCACACCAUUCUACGACGAAAACUCAAUUUUAGCAAAUAUUUCAAGCACUAAACAGUGAAAAUACAUCGCAAAUUUCGUUAAAAUUUGUGACGCCAAUUUCGUAGCUACAAAUGUAAAAAAAAUACAAAACAAAGACGAAAAACAUUUACCUUGAAUACCUUGUUGUGGCUUAGGCAUGUUUUUAAAACAAUUAGACCAGUUUAUGCUUCAAUAUCACCCUUUUAAAGUGGAAAAUAUAGCAAAACAACAAAAAUGCCGAGAACUUUGGUAAUAUUCGCAAAACGCGUGACGUCACGUUUUUCAACAAGGACACAGUGUCUCUACUCUGUGACAAGGAUGAGUCAAUGACGUCAGGAAGUUUCCUGUCCAGUUAUUUUACGAUCCAUGGUCUAGAUUAAAACUGUUUAGGAUUGCGACAGUUAGACCAUAUGGAAACCAGGUUUUACACUAUGGAGAUCGCGUCUCUCCAUGGCUCCCUAACGCCUGCAGCCAUUGAAUGACCUUACCAAACCUCGACACUCUAUUUUUCUAGACAAAUGUACGUUCUUCGACGUGCUCGUGGGGGAGUGCGCAACUACGAGAACAGUGUAUUAUCACACAGUGUACGGCAGCAUGUCAUUGUGUCUAAGUAUGAAGUUCAUGGGUUGUAUGGGAGUGGAAAAUAAAUUUGACAGUAAGACAGAAUGUGAAGCAAAGUGUAUCAAUGGUAAUGCUGCUGUGAAGAAGCGAGGUAUGUACUAAUUCAAAGUUGACGAGAGUUGAUAAGAGUUCAUGAGAGUUGAUAAGAGUUUGUGGUCAAAAAUUCUCAUGAACUCUCAUCCUCGUUUGACCGAGGCUUUAGUUUCCAUUUUUGACCGGUUAAACACGAUUGCUGAUCGCUCAACUCCGCUUGAUCUUUGAGGAAGCAUUCUCGGCGAAAUUGAAACACGAAAAAUUUAUAACCAAGAAAACCAUUACAAAUUAACUAUGCAGGCUAACGUAAUAUGUAACGGGUGCACAAUACUUCAAAAAUUAAUGUCGUUCCCGGAGCCAAACGUCGAAGCGACGUCAAACAAUAGCCGAGAGGUUAAGAUACGCCGGUUUACAGGUACGAGUAUCGCCAUUUUGUUUACCAAUUUCUGCUGAUGUCAGCAUUUUUAUCCGUAAUUUCUACCCGUUUCCCCGCGAUAAACCAUGGUCUACACGUAAACGACAAACGGGUACGGGUGUUUUCUGUUUACUAUUUGUGGGCCGUUUCAAUGCUAAAAAACUUCAACAUGUUACUCAAAUAAAUAAUGCACAUAUGCUCGACAAAGUUUUCAACAAUUUAUGGCGAACCUCAACAGCGAAAGUUACCAUUCUCUGAUCGGUUUUCUCACGCCGGAGUAUCUUGAAUUUCUUAAGUGACAAGUCGUUCCCGAUUUACGGGUACGGGUACGUGUAUAUCACUCGUACCCGUAAACCGUCACCGGGGUAUCUUAACCUCUCUAAUAUUGAACAUUUCAACGGUCAUUGACCGUUGACCGGCCAUUAUUUUUAGCCCUGCAGAUCGUAGUAACUUGUUUAAAAUGUUUGAAAUUUUUAGUUACUGCAUGUCAUCUGAUUUUUUGUUAUUUUAUUGCCAAAAGGAAAUUCCCAAACCAUUGAACAGAGGGUCUCCAAUGUCGCCGCAAAGAGUAAGUUAUAUUUGACCUUCUACUAUUCAUAUAAAAGCAUUCCAGUGAUCGAACUGUUUCAUUGUCUUUUCACCGUUUUGAAAAUCCCACUAUUCUCCACGCCUUUCAAUCAUUCAUUGUUUUGACGUGUUGGUGACGUUAUGUGAAGGACCUAGCUUUAGCAGACGAUUCAACUCGAUAUGUACACCACAAAUGAUUAAUGUAUAUGUUGUUGUUUUAGCUUGUCUUAUGGGUUGUGCCCAUGGCGGAAGAUGUGUUGAUGGAGUGUGUAUCUGUGCUGAGGGGUGGACUGGGGUAGACUGUAUGAAAGGUAAGAUUCACGUAUUUGUCAUAAUAAUGAAAACUUUACUUAAAUGGAUAUUUAGCUUAUAUAUACAAUUGCAUAAUAAUAGUAAUAGUAAUAGCAAUAGCAAUAGCAACAGCAAUAGCAACAGCAAUAGCAAUAGCAACAGCAAUAGCAAUAGCAAUAGCAAUAGCAAUAGCAAUAGACCGGCUUUACGAUAAACUAAACUACUUUCUGUUGUUUUCAGAGGAUUGUAUUCCCAAGUGUGAAAAUGGAGGAACAUGUGAAAAUGGUGCAUGUACCUGUACAGCCGGAUACGCUGGAUCUGCUUGUGAAAGACGUGAGUUGCGUUGUCUUCUGGUGUUAACCAAGUCAUUGCCUACAUUAUUAUCAUCAUCAUUGGUGUUAUGAUCAUCAUUGUUAAUCAAUCUUAGUGUUAUCACUGUGUAUAUACUUUACAGAGGUCCGGUUCGGCUGAAAAUUGCAUUCGGCUGUCAUGUUGUCGCCAUUUCACUCGCUAUUCAGUCGCUAUCAUCACCAUCACCAUUAAUCACCCUCACCAUCAUCACUCCUCACCAUCACCACCCCACACCAUCACCACCGUCACCAUCAUCGCCGUCACCAUCAUCACUCCCACCAUCAUCACCCCAUGUACCAUCAUCACCCUCACCAUCAUUACCCCCACCAUCAUCACCCCAUGCACCAUCAUCACCCUCACCAUCAUUACCCCCACCAUCAUCAUCCCAUGCACCAUCAUCACUCUCACCAUCAUCACCCCCACCAUCAUCAUCACCCCCACCAUCACCACCCUCACCAUCAUCACCCCCACCAUAUCACCCCACCAUCAUCACCACCACUAUUAUCAUCACAACCACAUCCAACACCAUCAUCUUGGCCUUGAUUACAACCACUUACCUAUAUGCAACCAUCAAUUUCUGUCGUUCUUCACACUUACUUAUCUUUCUUUGCAGCCAUCUGCGUACCAUCAUGCAGAAAUGGUGGAAAAUGCGUGGCUCCAAAUGUGUGUGAAUGUGCUCCGGGCUGGAUUGGGGAAAACUGUCAGAAAGGUAUCAUCAUAACCAAUUAUAAUUCUUAAACUAAACUAACUUUUAUUAUAUUAGAUAGCUCUGUCAGUUCUAAACUGCUCACCCUAGAGGUCCAGUAGGUGCAAGCUUUUACUACAGGAGGAAAACUAAACUAAACUUACUUAUGCUAGAUAGCUCUGUCAGUUCUGAACCGUACGUUCGCCACAGAGAUUGAGUAAAGACCUCCCUUUUUAAAAUACUAGUUACUUUACAGUUCAAACAACUAAACAUCCAUUCACUUUUCUGUUUUCUAUCGUAGCUUUUUGCGAAGCUCCAUGUCUUAACUUGGGGCAAUGUAUUGGGCCAAACGUAUGUGACUGUAGGAAGAGCUACCAAAACGAUCCAAAUGCCUUUUUAAUGUAUGAAGGAAGUCGCUGUGAAAAACGUAAGCUUGCUAUCUUUUUAUUGACAAGUAAACUUCUUAUUCUAACAAAUUAUCGUUUCAAAGAUUUUUGUAGAUGGAAAUUUGGGGUGGAAUUUUUAUACAUUUAUUAGACCAAAACAGAAGCAGUUGUGAAAAAUACAACUAUAGGCCCUCUGGUGGGAAUCGAACCUUCGGUCCUGCGAUUCCGGUGCAGUGCUCUAACCAACUGAGCUACAGAGACCAGUUGUCGAACUUGCCCAACCAACUACUCCUGGUUAGGUCUAGGGUGUUAGCCAGGCGGCCGUCCGACCGUCCUAUGGACGGCCACUUCUGAAUUUGGACGGCUAAAUUUUAAUGGACGGCCUAAGGGAAUAUUUUCUUUAAAUAGCAACCUACAAGCUUUGUAAUAUUUCUUGAAAUGUUUUUGUAACCAUUUUGAUGAUUCUUGCAUGAAGUAUCAAGUAAUGUGAAACCGCUAUUUUAAAAAACAGCAAUCGCUUUAUCGCUCGAGCGCCAUGUUACAAUUACAGUAGUGAUCAUACCAUACGUGUGCUUUUACUAAAUUUAAUGACGGAAAUGUGCAUCUAAAACUAAAAGUAAAAAGGUUCAACGAAUAAAACACCACAAUUCCUCAACAACAGAAAAUUGCGGCCACGCCCAAAAGCAGGUGACCACGCCCGCAAAAAUAUGUUGCCACGCCCACAAAAUUAUUUUGGAUGGCCACUUUUGAAAUCCUGGCUAACACCCUGGACUUAGCUCUAAAGUUGUAUCGCUUGUCUUAAAAUUAUAUUGAGCGAGAUGCCCAAUCUCGAUAAAUUAUCAAUGCGUCUAUUGAGAGGGAGUGGCAGUACUCAAUAUAAGCAAUAAGCUGUCGUGGUUCUUGUCUGAACUAUAGGAGAAAAAUACCAGGAUUUUUUAUUUGUUGUUGCAAAAACUUAGGUAGGGUAUAGGUGGGUUUUUAAAAUUUGUUUUCUUUUAACGGCAGCACAGAUGACACAAGCAUUCGUUAAAUUAUUCAUAUCAACUUUGAAGCACAGGUUAUACUUUAUAUAUACCUGUAGCUAGUACAAAGCUAAUGUCAAAAACUAUAAUAUAAUGUGUUUUCUUUCUUUUCUCUAGCCAUGUGUCGUGAUGGAUGUGUAGGAGGUGUUUGUGUGUUCAACCGAAGUGAAAGUGCCGAAAUGAUUUGUAAAUGUUUUCCGGGUUACUCUGGUGACGAUUGCUCCGUUGGUAAGCAUCUUGUAUGGUACUGAAAGUGCUUAUGCAACGAACGUUCACACCGCUUUGAAUCUGCGUGUAGCUCCACAUACUAUGCUAUCGAGUUAUGUGUGUGUUAAACACUCAAGUCGACUAAUUAGGGCUGUACGCCUGCGAACAGGCAGUAACACAAAUAUGGCGACUUUCUUGCAGAUACGUGUUCGCCAAGCGUACCUAUUUUUAUAAUUGUAUUGUGAAGAAAAUUAGCGGUGCAUUGGAUACAUUAGAGAGGUUAAGAUACCCCGGUUCCGGUUUACGGGUACGAGUAUCGCCAUAUUUUGUUUACCAUUUUUUUUGAAAUACAGUGCCAAAAAGUGAAAUACAGUACAGUUUUAAUUAACUAUAAGAUACAGCCAUUUCUAGCAGAAAAUAAUAUAAAAAAACAAACAUUUGUGACAAAAAUGGCUGGCGUUUUUAGUAGAUUUUCUAUUAAAAUUAUAUAUAUUAAAAUUAACUAUUUCGCAUGUGACCUGCGCACGCAUGUGACUGCAUAAAUUUUUCAUGUAUAUUAUUAAUAAGUAAUAGUAUGGUUUGGUUUCUCGUGCAAUUUGGAAAAACAUACACCCAUGAGUUUUUCAAAGACUUCAAAUUUUGGUCGUCUUUGAGAAUGACGUGCAUGUUUUUCCCAAAUAGCACUCAAAACCAUACUAUUACCUAUACUUAUAGGGUACCAGUGAGGUACGCUUGAAAAUGUAGAAAUAUCGCACCCCAAUACGGUUCUACUCUAGUGUGCCUAUACAACUCUCCUAGUAGGACUUUGACAAUUCUCAUUUAAUCUAAAGAUAUAUACCACCACAGCUUUGUCAGCUAGUUGCUAAACACGUCGAAAAUAAUCCAUUAUCUACAUUUUAGAAAAUGACUGUGAGAAAGUCCUCAAUCAUGGCAUCUCCACAUAUUACUUGGAAACAAUCUUGUCAUUACGUCAAUUCUCGGCAGCCGAGCUGGCAACUAGAUAUUCCUGGAGUCUAAGUGCACUACAGAAGGCAGCGUGUUUCAAUUAUCUCGAGAGUCUUAGCAAAUCUUGUAAUGCCACCAACACAACACGUCACUAUGAGGAGUGUAAUCAAGUUUGUAGUAAGUAGCAAUUAUUGAAAUCUUGAAUGUUGGUUCCACUGUUACGUUCUGAUACUUCACUUUUUUCAGCCAAGUAUACCACGUAAGUAAGCGGUAUUCUCAGUACUCCCGCUAUCUGCGGACUUAAAGGACAUUGGCAUUAAAAAAAUUAGUUUAGUUCAUUUGAAAGAACUCUUAAAACUAUAUAUUAAACUCUAUUACAGAUUGUUUAUAUCUUGCUUAGUUUUCAAAAUAUUUCGACUGAAAAAGUGAGCUGUUCGCCAUCUUGGAUUACUGAGGAUAUGCAUGUUACGUGGUAAAUACUAUUUCGCUGACCUCAGAAUGACAUUUCGUCAAAACCUUUUUCUUCAAGAUUGGUUUAGAAACAAAUUUGGCAUAGGGUUAGGUUAGGGUAAGGAUUAAGGUUAGGGUUGGUGUUGGGAGUAGGGUUAGUGUUAGUAAAACCGUUGCUUUGUUACGUUUUGUCACUCUGAGGCCAGCGAAAUAAUAUCUUCCAUGUUACGUCAAACUUCGUUUUUGGUUGCUGUCUGAAAUUUAGAAAUGAUUAAAAACAUUUCAAACAAUUUUGGAUUGUUGCUCGGUCAUUUUAAAGUAGUUUUUUGGUUAACCCAACUUCUGACGUCAUCAAAACCAUAGUUAAUGAGGUCAAGAAUUAGUCCAAGAUGGCGGGCAGCUCAUUAAUUUCGGUCUAAAUAUUUCGAGAACUAAGCAAGAUAUGACAAAUCGGUAAUAGAGUUUUUCAUAUAAUUUUAAGAGUUCUUUGGAAUGAGACAAACUAAUUUUUUAUUGCCAAUGUCCUUUAAAUUUUGUUUGUGUUAAACGACCAGCACACUUCCCAAGGUAUUUAAAACCGUAAAUAAAGUUCUGGCAUGAUGAGAUGAGACUAAGAAAUGCUAGAUCUUGUAUAUGCAAUGGUGUUUUUCUCCGAACUCGUAGUUUUAGGUUACUGAAUUAAUACGUUUUAGAAAACUGUGCUUAAUAUUGUUUCUUGAUUCUUGGUUGGAACAAUAAGGAAUUAUUUUUUUAUAAUAAGGAAAAAUUCUUUUUUUAUAAUAAGGAAUUAUUAUUUUUUUAUAAUAAGGAAUUUUUUUUAUAAUUUUUUUAUAAUAAAUACGUUAUAAAGCGUUUGCACCCAGGGACCAACUCAACAAAAGCCAAUGGCGGCCAUGUUGGUGUUCCAGACAAAAGAGUCAAAUUAAAAUUCUUCUGAAUUGGAACACCAACAUGGCGGCGGUGACGUCAUGUGCAAACGCUCUAUUCGGACACCACGUGCAUAUUAGCUUUCGAAACUACUGGUUUUCGAAACUUCAGUAAUAGAAGUAGUAAUCGUUGAUCUUUUCAAUGGAGAUACUUUUUUUAUACGCACUGUUUUGUAAAAUAAUAGGCCUUAAUAAUGAUUUACAGUAAGACGGAUAGAUUGCAGUAAUUUUACUUUCGUACACAAUACAAAAUGUACACAAAAAUUUAGUUUUUGUUUUUUUUCUCCUUUAGUCCCCGCCUCGACAGGUCGGGUAUGUGACAAAAUCUGGGAGCCCUCAAAACUGGCGUUGAAAGAAUACAACGAGACAAGAUGGUACCACAACGAUGGUGUCUGUGAGACGUUUUCUUUCAAAGGAUGCGGAGGAAAUGCAAAUAACUUCAAAACUGAAGCGGAUUGUAAACAUACCUGUAUCGGUAAGUAUCAAUACGGCGUCUUGUUAAGCUCUGGGUACAAUACACUUAAAGUGCGUCUAACCACUAAUAUGAUUUUUGGUAUGUGUAAUAUUUGGGCCACGCGAAGAAGAAAUGUAAUUUAUCUUUAUAAUAAAAAGUCACAUCUUGAUCAACUUUUUCACUGUCAAAGUUUCCGAAUAUGAUGUCAUUAGGUGAAUUGCAAAUUAGUUUUCCUUUGUUUUUUGUACCAAAAUUUCACCUAAUGACAUCAUAUCUGGAACAUUGACAGUGAAAAAGUUGAUCAAGAUUCGGUUUUUUACUAUAAAGAUGCAUUAGAUUUCUUCUCAGGAUGACCCAAAUACUACACAUACAAAAAAUUAUAUUUGGGGUUAAUUGCACUUUAAAAGUCUCACAUUUUGUCAACAAGAUGUGUUCACAAAUGUUGUCAUUUUGUCAGCUUGCUACAAGGUUUGUCAAUAAACAGUUGAAUCAAAACAACCUUGUACCAAGUUGUCAACAAACUGUUGACAACGUGUCAACAAGCUAGGAAAAGCAGCACGAACACAUCCUGAUGACAAAUUGUUCAAACAGCAUUGGAACAAAUCCGCUGCAAGUUUGUUACAAGUUGUGCGUUUUUACGUGUGUAUAUGUGAACAGUUCUCUAUUUAGAGUUUUAACUCACUUCACUAUAUAUUUAGAGCCACAAAGAGCAUGCGAUAUUUCUGACCUAUAUAUUGAUUCUUUCUUUUCAUAGAACAUUCUGGCAGUGAAGCCCAUCACUACAGGGCCAAUCCAUUGUUCCCCCGAAGUAAGUUCGUUUUACUUAUUUGAAUUACUCGAGUAUAAUUGAUCAGUAUAGGUUAGUAAGAAGGUCAUUAGUCAGGGUCUCGUAGUCACAAUCCAGUGAUCGGAAUGUUUCGUUAUUUUUUUAAUGUUCUGAAAAUCCCACUAUUCUCCAAACCAGACUUGGAAAUCCUGAUUCGCCUUUUCAAAUGUUCCUCAAAAGUGCGUAAAAACAAUCGAACGUACGGCCCUGCCAUUCCGGUGCAGCGCUCUAACCAACUGAGCUAUACAGAGUCCAGUUGUCGAGCUCUGACCACAAGUUCAUGUAUAUAUACUGGCAUCACUAAAUGUGUAAAUACUGGCAUCACCUUAGUAUUAAACUAUUUAUACAUGAACUUGUUGUUGGAACUCGACAACUGUCUCUCUAUCUUAGUUGGUCAGCGCAGUUCGAUUCUUAUUGCCAAUUCUUUAUUUGAUUUGUCAAGGAAGUAUAAUGUCUAUGAUACUCAUUUCUAUUUUAUGUUUCAGUGCCCGGUGUGUGCUAUGCAUACGGUCGAGGCCACUAUCGUACAUUUGAUGGCAAGAACUACUAUUUCUACGGAACUUGCAAAUACCAGAUGGCUUAUGUUAAGGACCCCUUGAUACGGUUCAGUGUUGUAUUGAUCAAUGACCCAUAUUGCGACAUCAAUGAUCUCUGUAAUAAGAAAGUUGAAGUAAUAAUGGAAGGCGCAGUUGUUGUUCUUGGUAAUACAAAUGAGAAUGGAAUUCCAGAUGUCACAAUUAACGAUGAGAAUGUGGCUAUUCCUUACAAGAAAAAGACACCCAGUAUCAGAAUUGUAAGUAUGAUUUCCAGUUUGAUAUUUGUAGGGACUGUUUUGAGGACGGCAGCCAAACAAACUCUUUGAAAUAUAUGACUUAUGGAAAUCUUGUCAAAAUUUAAAGUUUAUUUAUUUCACACUAUAUAAGUUGGUUUUACAUCAAGAAAAUAAAGUUACAAGACAGAAGAAAAGUUUUACAAAAGCUAGUUAAGAGAUAUUGUUUGAAAGUGUACGAUAACAAAGUAGCUAGUUGGCCAUGUAUUUACUAUCAUAUAAAUUUAAAUUAUUUAAUACAGUUUCAGAAGGUUAGUGGAGCCAUACCAGGGCAGAGCAAUUUUAAUGAACUCUGUUAGAAAAACUACAUUUCACAUCGAACUUUGCUCACAGACUCAAAAAACUCAUUAAUAAUUCAUGAAGAAAAUUUUUAAAAAAUGAAUGUUUAAUCAAUGUUUGUAAAUCGGAUAAGAUUUAUCCUGAUUUACAUAAACUUCAGCUUUGAUUUUCUCGGCUUAGACAAUGUUUAUUUGCAAAAUUACUUCGCCAAUUAACUCAUAAGAUGGGUCGUUUUUUAAGCACGUUAAAACAUUCGCAUCCGAUCUUUAUCUGAUAUAAAAUCUCUCGCCUUCGGCUCGAGUUUGUAUAUCAGGUAAAGAUCGGCUGCUCAUGUUUUUUAAAGGUCGACUGCUCAUGUUUUAACUAGACUUUUAAGUCCACUAUGUCAGACAGUAAACUGCUUUAUCUUCACCAACAGGCAGGACGAUAUGUCAUUGUGAAGAGCGCUGAUGGUGCGUUGGUUUACUGGGAUGGUCGAGAAGACUUAAUGAUCAAAAUACCAGACACCUUUAAAACUGGCGCAGAUGGUCAACAUCAAGUCUUUGGUCUCUGCGGUACCUACGAUGACAAUCCAGGCAAUGAUUUUGCCAAUCCACAAGGAAUCGUCUCGGAGAGCAUGAGCACUUUCGUGCAAUCGUGGAAAGAAGACUCGGACGGAUCAUGCGAUAUGACAACUGAGAUUAAAACACCGCCACCAUGUUAUUCUCCCUCUAAGAGUAUCAACGAGGGGAUAUUGAAGGCUCAAGAUAUAUGUGACGUUUUAGAUGGACAUAAAUUUACAGGCAAGUAUGCGUAA